AUGAUUCUGUUGUUGUUCUCUUCUUCAGAGCAUAACUUCUACUCCAUUAUACUUCUCCAUUAUACCUCUCCAUUCUGCUCUCCAUUAUACCUCUCCAUUCUGCUCUCCUGCAUCGUAUCUCAUCUCUCAUUUCUUCUUUUCUUUAUGGCCAGAGAAACUGUCAUAGCCCUCGUUGGCAAACCGUCGUCUGGAAAAUCCACCACUUUGAAUGCUCUCACAGAUGCAAAUGCAAAGGUAGGGGCUUUUCCUUUUACCACAAUCGAUCCUAACAAGGCUACUGGGUACUUGGAGGUGGAGUGUGCUUGUUCCAGAUUUGGAAAACAAAAGUUAUGCAAACCCAAUUAUGGAUAUUGUCGUAAUGGUAAGAGAGGUGUGCCUGUAAUGCUUCUAGAUGUAGCUGGGUUGGUUCCUAAUGCCCAUUUGGGAAGAGGUUUGGGUAACAAAUUUUUGGGUGAUUUGACAGAAGCCGAUUGUUUGAUCCAUAUUGUAGAUGCCAGUGGAACCACCGAUGCUGAAGGAAAGGCAACCAGGGGCUAUGAUCCCAUCAAUGAUAUCGAAUGGUUACAGGAUGAGAUUUUUCGCUGGAUUUUGGGCAAUCUAAUGGAGAGAUGGGGGUCGGUGGUGAGAAGACAUGUAGCCACCAAGUCGACUGCGUUGGAGACUUUGAGAGCCCAGCUCGGUGGAUACUCGGCAAAUAGUCAGCUUAUAGCUAGGGCACUAGACCUGCUUCCUGGCUUGCCUCCUUUACAAGAUUGGGACAAUGCUACGGUUGAAAAAGUGGUUAGAGCAUUUAUGGAAACCAAGUUUCCUACUGUUCUUGCUCUCAACAAGAUGGACCAUCCUGAUGCCGAUAAAAACGUUUCGAAAAUCAUCCUCAAGUAUCCCAAGCAAAAAGCUGUGCUCACAUCCUCCAUCACUGAGGUGCUUCUUAGAAAGUUGGCAAACCAGAACUAUAUCCAGUAUGAUCUGGGAACGGAAUUUGUAGAUACCAUUGAGGAUUUGGGACCUGAAAGUGGCUUGAAACCCAUGGACGAAAAACUCAAGAACCGGAUCGAGAAUAUUAGAGACUUGGUACUCUAUCGUUUUGGCUCCACAGGGGUGGUUCAGCUAUUGCAGGCAGCAGCUGACGUGCUUGAGCUAGUACCAGUAUUCCCUGUUCGCAACAUGAACAAUUUUACUGGAGGUUCUGGAGACAAUGUAUUCAGAGACUGUGUGUUGGUGAAAAGAGGUACUCCUGUCAUCAACGUUGCAAGAAAAAUCAUGGGAGAUGUUACAAUUGCACUGAUAGAAGGUGUAGGAGGCAUGCGAGUAGGUGAGGAAGAUUUAGUUGACCGAGGCAAAAAUGAUAUUUUGAGCUUCAAGUUGGUGCCUGGGCAUUAG